AUGGUGCCACAUCGUAAUGUGAACCGUAUACAAUUCGGAAUUUUAUCUCCUGAUGAAAUUCGACGAAUGUCGGUAACAGAUCCACCGAUUGAAUAUGUAGAUUUAUUGGAAGAAGGAAAAGCAAAAAUUCAAGGUCUUAUGGAUCCACGACAGGGUCCACCUGAUCAAAAUUCAAAAUGUCAUACUUGCGCUGGUUCUUAUGUUGAAUGUCCUGGACAUUUUGGACAAUAUCGUCGACGUCUUGCUUAUGUUUUUGAUGCAUGUAAAGGACAAAAGAUUUGUCAAGGAACCAAGAAUGAAAACCAUGUAACAAUUAAAACUUCAGAUGGUUGUGGAAGAAAACAACCAAUUUAUCGUCGAUCGGGUUUAGAAUUGACAAUUGAAUGGAAACAAACAUUAAAUGAAAAUGAAGGAACGAGAUCAAAAUUAUCAGCUGCACGUGUUCUGGAAAUAUUUCAAAAAAUUUCUGAUCCAAUUUGUGAAAUCCUCGGCAUGAAUCCUCAACAAACACGACCUGAUUGGAUGAUUCUAACUGUUUUGCCAGUUCCUCCUAUGUGUGUUCGUCCAUCAAUAUCAUCAUUUGAUGAUGUAACUCAUUGUCAUGAUGAUUUGACAUACAACUUAGCAUAUAUAAUUAAAGCAAAUAAUAUCUUACGUGAACAUGAACAACAUGGUGAAGCUUCACAUAUCAUUGAAGAAGAUUUGCAACAUCUUCAAUAUCAUUGUGCAACUUUAAUUGAUAAUAAUAAGUCUGGAAUACCAAAAUCUUGUCAGAAAAGUGGAACACCAUUAAAAUCUAUAAAAGAACGAUUAGAAGGCAAAGCAGGUCGAAUUCGAGGAGAUCUAAUGGCUAAACAAGUUGAUUUUAGUGCGAGGACAGUAAUAACACCAGAUCCAAAUUUAUCAAUUGAUCAAGUUGGUGUACCACGCACAAUAGCACGAAAUUUAACUGUACCUGAAAUUGUAACACCAUUUAAUAUAAAAUGGUUACACGAAUUAAUUUGUCAUGAUGCAGCUAAAAGUAUAAUAUUAGAUACAGGUGAAAUAAUUGAUCUUCAUCUUCAUCCAAAACCAUCUGAUUUGCAUUUGCAAUCGGGUUAUAUUGUUGAAAGAUUUAUGAUGGAUAAUGAUUUAGUUGUACUUAAUCGUCAACCAACAUUACAUAAAAUGUCAAUGAUGGCACAUCGUGUUAAAAUUCUUCCAUGGUCAACGUUUCGUUUAAAUUUAUCUGUAACAACACCAUAUAAUGCUAGUUUUGAUGGUGAUGAGAUGAAUUUACAUUUACCACAAUCAAUUGAAGCUAAAGCUGAAUUAUCUGAAUUAAUGAUGGUACCACGUUUAAUAAUAACACCACAAUCACAUCGACCUGUUAUGAGUAUUGUACAAGAUACAUUAACAGCUGUUUGGAAAAUGACUAAACGUGAUGUAUUUAUUGAAAAAAGUGAUUUUAUGAAUUUAUUAAUGCAUAUAUCAUCAUGGGAUGGACAUAUACCACAAGCAACUAUUUUAAAACCAAAACCAUUAUGGACUGGUAAACAAUUAUUUUCAUUAAUUCUUCCACGUGAAAUUAAUUGUGUACGUACAAAUAGUCAACAUUCAUAUGAUGAAGAUAGUGGACCAUAUAAAUGGAUAUCACCUAGUGAUACAAAAGUUUUAAUUGAAAAUGGACGUUUAUUAUCAGGUAUAUUAUGUAAAAAAACUUUAGGUACAUCAACUGGUUCAUUAGGACAUAUUGUUUUUAUGGAAUGUGGUCAUCAAAUAGCUGGACAAUUAUAUUAUCAUAUACAACUUGUUGUUAACAAUUGGUUAAUGUUAGAAGGACAUUCAGUUGGCAUAGCUGAUACAAUAGUUGAUCAACAAACAUAUGAAACAAUUCAAACAACAAUUAAAAAAGCAAAAAAUGAAGUUAAUAAAGUUAUUGAACUAGCACAUCGUACUUCAUUAGAACGAACACCUGGAAAUUCUUUAAGACAAACAUUUGAAAAUAUAGUUAAUAGUCUUUUGAAUAGUGCUCGAGAUAGUACUGGUUCAUCAGCACAAAGAUCUUUAUCUGAUUUUAAUCAAUUUAAAGCUAUGGUUGUUAGUGGUGCUAAAGGUUCAUCUAUAAAUAUUGCACAAGUUAUUGCUUGUGUUGGACAACAAAGUGUUGAAGAAAAACGUAUUUCAUCUGGUUUUAAACAUCGUACAUUGCCACAUUUUACUAAAGAUGAUUAUAGACCUGAAGCUAAAGGUUUUGUUGAAAAUUCAUAUUUACAAGGUUUAACACCAGUUGAAUUUUAUUUUCAUGCUAUGGGUGGACGAGAAGGUCUUGUUGAUAGAGCUGUUCAAACAGCUGAAACUUGUUAUAUACAACGACGUUUAAUUAAAGCUAUGGAAUCUAUUAUGGUUAAAUAUGAUGGUACUGUUAGAAAUGAAAUUGAACAAAUAAUUCAAUUUACAUAUGGUGAAGAUGGUCUUGCCGGUGAAAAUAUUGAAUUUCAAUCAAUUAUAUCAUUAAAACCAUCAAAUAAAUUAUUUGAACGUUUAUGUAAAUUUGAUUUAUUAGCUGAAAAAAAACAUUUAAGAAAAUUUUUAACUGAUGAUGUUAUUAAAGAUUUAUAUACAGAUGAAUCAUUACAAUUAUUAGAUGAUGAAUGGAAACAAUUAAAUGAAGAUCGACAUAAUUUAAGACAACUAUUUCCAACCGGUAAUACAUCAAAAAUUGUUUUACCUUGUAAUUUAGAAAGAUUAAUUUAUAAUGCAAAAAAAAAAUUUUCUAUUUCAAAUCGAAUACAAUCAAAUUUAUCACCUAGUCAAGUUAUUCAAGGUUUACAAAAAUUAACACAACAUCUUAUUGUUGUUAAAGGUGAUGAUCGUUUAUCACGUGAAGCCCAAUAUAAUGCAACAAUGUUAAUGAAUAUCUUAUUACGUUCAUCAUUAUCAUCUCGUCAAGUUCUUGAAUUUCAUCGUUUAACAAAUGAAGCAUUUAAUUGGCUUUGUAGUGAAAUUGAAACACGUUUUCAACAAGCACAAGUUCAAGCUGGUGAAAUGGUUGGCGCUUUAGCUGCACAACCAAUUGGAGAAUCAACUACACAAGUGACAUUAAAUGCAUUUUAUUAUAGUGGUGUUUCAGCUAAAAAUGUUACAUUAGGUAUUCCACGUCUUAAAGAAAUAAUCAAUGUUUCAAAAGAACUUAAAACACCAUCAUUAACUAUUUAUUUAACUGGACAAGCAACAAAUGAUGUUGAAAAAUGUAAAGAAGUAUUAUAUCGUCUUGAACAUUGUAAUUUAAGGAACAUAACUGCUAAUACAGCCAUUUAUUAUGAUCCUGAUCCACAAGAAACAAUUAUUUCAGAAGAUCAAGAAUGGGUUAAUGCAUAUUAUGAAAUGCCUGAUCAAGAUAUAGGAAAUCUUUCACAAUGGUUAUUAAGAAUUGAAUUAGAUAGAAAACGUAUAACUGAUAGAACAUUAACUAUGGAAAAAAUAUCGAAAAAAAUUUCACAAGGUUUUGGUGAUUGUCUUAAUGUUAUAUAUAAUGAUGAUAAUGCUGAAAAACUUGUUUUAAGAAUACGUAUCAUUAAUCAAGUUAAAUCAUCGACACAAGACGAUCAAAAAGAUAUAACUCGUAUGGAUGAUAAUACUUUUCUUCGGUAUUUAGAACUGUCAAGUCUUACUGAUUUAACCUUACAAGGCAUUGAAGGUAUAUCAAAAGUUUAUAUAGCUCGUCCAAUAUUUGAUGAUUCACAACAAAGAAUUCAAAUUAAUGAUGAUGGAGAAAUUCAUAAAAUUUUUGAAUGGAUGCUAGUAACUGAUGGAACAGCUUUUAAAAAAGUUUUAUCAACUAAAGAUGUUGAUUCGCGUCGAACAUAUACAAAUGAUAUUGUAGAAAUAUUUGAUAUUCUUGGAAUUGAAGCUGCUAGAAAAUCAAUUGAACAUGAAAUAAAUUAUGUUAUUUCAUUUGAUGGAUCUUAUGUUAAUCAUAGACAUUUAGCUUUAUUGUGUGAUGUUAUGACGACUAAAGGACAUUUAAUGCCUAUUACAAGACAUGGAGUUAAUAGACUCAGUGUUGGACCUAUUAUACGAUGUUCAUUUGAGGAAACUGUUGAUGCUUUAAUAGAAGCUGCUACUCAUUCAGAAUAUGAUUUAUUAAAGGGUGUUUUAGAAAAUAUUUCAUUUGGAAAAUUAGCUAAAAUUGGUACUGGAUCAUUUGAUUUAUUAUUAGAUGUUGCAAAAUAUUCAUCAGCUGUGAAAUUACGAACGAAUAAUGACGAUGAGACUUCUGUAGAACACUUAAUCUAUCCUACGAAUUGCAUUGGUCAUCAAUAA